AUGUCUACGAUGCCAGAAGGUACUCGGGACAACCCCGACCGUCCUCCCCGCGAUGUGAAGAACCACCUGCUCUUCGAAAUCGCAACUGAAGUUGCCCAUCGAGUUGGCGGUAUCUACUCCGUCAUAAAGUCUAAAGCUCCAGUAACCACGGCUGAGUAUGGUGAUCGCUACACGCUCAUCGGUCCAUUGAACCACAACUCGGCUGCUGUGGAAGUUGAAGAAUUGGAACCCACCAAUCCUGAGCUCGCUGCCACAAUUCAGUCUAUGAGGGAUCGGGGCGUUGGUAUUCUCUAUGGACGAUGGCUCAUUGACGGCGCUCCCCGAGUGCUGCUUAUUGACACUAAGACCGCGUACCAUUUUAUGGAUGAGUGGAAGACCGAUUUGUGGAACGUCGCCAGUAUUCCCUCGCCGCCCAACGAUGACGAGACGAACGAGGCUGUUGUUUUUGGCUACCUUGUUGCUUGGUUUUUGGGAGAGUUUGUGUGCCACGAGAAGAAGAGGGCCGUCAUCGCGCAUUUCCACGAAUGGCUUGCUGGUGUAGCGCUGCCUCUUACGAAGAAGCGACGCAUCGAUGUAACCACUAUCUUUACAACUCACGCGACUCUUUUGGGUAGAUACCUUUGUGCUGGCUCAGUUGACUUCUAUAACAACCUGCAAUGGUUCGACGUCGAUGCUGAGGCCGGAAAGCGCGGCAUCUACCACCGUUACUGCAUUGAGCGAGCCGCUGCUCACGCUUGCGAUGUCUUUACGACCGUUUCCCACAUCACCGCGUACGAAAGUGAACAUCUACUGAAGCGAAAACCAGACGGUGUACUGCCAAAUGGUCUGAACGUCACAAAAUUCUCUGCCAUGCACGAGUUCCAGAACUUGCAUCAGCAAGCCAAGGAGAAGAUUCACGAUUUUGUGCGUGGUCAUUUCUAUGGCCACUAUGAUUUCGAUCCCGAGAACACCCUCUACUUCUUCACGGCCGGCCGUUACGAGUUCAGAAACAAGGGUGUUGACAUGUUCAUCGAGUCUCUGGCUCGUUUGAACCACCGUCUCAAGGUUGCUGGCAGCAAGAUGACGGUCGUCGCUUUUGUCAUUAUGCCGGCCCAAACGACGUCCUUGACUGUCGAAGCGCUCAAGGGACAAGCGGUCAUCAAGUCUCUGCGGGACACUGUUGAUAUCAUCGAGAAAGGCAUUGGACGCCGCAUUUUCGAGCGUUCGCUCAAGUGGCAUGAUGGAGACCCAAUGCCUGAUGAGAAGGAGCUCAUCAGCAGCCAAGACCGUGUCUUGAUUCGAAGACGGUUGUUUGCCAUGAAGCGUCACGGCCUGCCUCCGAUCGUCACCCACAACAUGAUCAAUGACAGCGAGGAUCCUAUCUUGAAUCAGAUCAGACGCGUCCAGCUCUUCAAUCACCCUUCCGACCGAGUCAAGAUUGUUUUCCACCCCGAAUUCUUGAACUCUGCGAACCCCGUUUUGCCUCUGGACUAUGAUGAGUUUGUUCGCGGUACUCACAUGGGCAUUUUCGCAUCGUACUAUGAGCCAUGGGGUUACACCCCGGCUGAGUGCACUGUCAUGGGUGUGCCCAGUAUCACAACGAACCUGUCCGGCUUCGGCUGCUAUAUGGAGGAGUUGAUUGAGAACUCGAGCGAUUACGGUAUCUACAUCGUCGACCGCCGCACCAAGGGUGUUGAUGACUCCGUCAAUCAGCUCACGACGCACAUGUUCGACUUUUGCCAAAAGAGUCGGCGUCAACGCAUCAACCAACGUAACCGCACAGAGCGCCUGAGCGACCUGCUGGAUUGGAAGAGAAUGGGAAUGGAGUACGUCAAGGCCCGCCAACUGGCGUUGCGCCGAGCCUACCCAGACUCUUUUAGCGGUGAUGAGGAGGAGGACUUUAUCCCUGGCGUGGAGCAGAAGAUCUCGCGGCCGUUCUCCGUUCCUGGGUCACCUCGGGAUCGCACUGGCAUGAUGACUCCAGGAGACUUUGCCAGCUUGCAAGAGGGCAGAGAGGGACUGAGCACCGAAGACUACGUUGCGUGGAAGUUGCCUGAGGAAGAAGAUCCUGACGAGUAUCCGUUCCCCCUUACCCUUCGCUCCAAGCGUCCCUCGGGGCCUGCUAGCCCCCUCGAUGGAGUUCAGCUCAACGGCAAUUAA